AUGGCACCAUCAAUGAAAGAAAUCUUCUCUAAAGAUAAUUUCAAGAAAAACAAGAAACUUGUUUUGCUAUCCGCCGCCGUGGCCUUGCUCUUCGUAGCCGCCGUCGCCGGCAUCUCCGCCGGAGCUUCAAAAGCCAACGAGAAAAGACCUCUAUCCCCUUCGUCUCACGCCGUGCUGAGAUCAUCCUGUAGCUCCACGCUUUACCCUGAGCUCUGUAUCUCCGCCGUGGCAACUGCCGGGGGAGUCAAGCUAACGUCGCAAAAAGACGUCAUCGAGGCAUCGCUUAACCUAACAACAACCGCUGUGGAGCACAAUUACUUCACCGUGAAGAAGCUGAUCAAGAAGAGAAAAGGACUAACGCCGCGCGAGAAGACGGCGCUUCAUGACUGUUUGGAGACUAUUGACGAGACGCUCGAUGAGCUCCAUGAUGCUGUGGAAGAUCUCCAUUUGUAUCCAACCAAAAAAACUCUCCGGGAACACGCCGGAGAUCUCAAAACCCUAAUUAGCUCCGCCAUUACCAACCAGGAGACUUGUCUCGACGGCUUCUCUCAUGACAGCGCCGAUAAGGAAGUUCGUAAAGCCUUACAGAAGGGUCAGGUACGUAAAACAUCAAUUCUUUUCCCAUUUGCUGCUCACAUGUGA